CGGUGGAGGGAAGCCUGGUGGGGAGAAGGGACCCUGCAGGACCAGGGGUCAGAGUUAGGGGGCUUCCCCCUGCUGCACCCUCAUCCCAGGGCCGCCAACUUACAUCCGCGGCGGCGACUUUCAGUUUCAUUUCCACGGACCCUUCUGCCUGGGCCGCAGCCGCCGCCGCGAUGCCCAGCAAGUUCAGCUGCCGGCAGCUCCGGGAGACGGGCCAGUGCUUCGAGAGUUUCCUGGUCGAUCGGGGACUGGACAUGGAGACAGAUCGCGAGCGGCUGCGGACCGUUUAUAACUGGGAUUUCAAGAUCAGAAGGCCCACGUAUGCCGUAUGGAAAAGGUUGGACUCCAUCUUGCAGCCCAUGGAGGUCUGGGGCCAUGAUCCAAUUUGUGUUGGUGAUAACUCCUGCUGAUAUAGGGGAAGAAGCAAAUGACAGACAGAAGGAAAGAUCCUCGACUAUUUUGUGCAUGUUUGGAACUUCAUUUAAUGGAAUCAAGAGCUUUGGGACCCCUGCCCCUGGCUUCUCCUCCAUGCUGUAUGGAAUGAAGAUUGCCAAUCUGGCCUACGUCACCAAGACUCGGGUCAGGUUCUUUAGACUCGACCGCUGGGCCAACGUGUGUUUCCCAGAAAAGAGGAGAGUGAAGCUGGGGUCAGACAUCAGCAAACACCACAAGUCACUGCUAGCCAAGAUCUUCUAUGACAGGGCUGAGUAUCUUCACGGGAAACAUGGGGUGGACGUGGAAGUCCAGGGGCCCCAUGAAGCCCGAGAUGGGCAGCUCCUUAUCCGCCUGGAUUUGAACCGCAAGGAGGUGCUGACCCUGAGGCUUCGGAACGGAGGAACCCAGCCUGUCACCCUCACUCACCUCUUCCCACUCUGCCGGACCCCCCAGUUUGCCUUCUACAAUGGGGACCAGGAGCUGCCCUGCCCACUCGGCCCUGGCGAGUGCUACGAGCUCCAUGUCCACUGCAAGACCAGCUUUGUGGGCUACUUCCCGGCCACAGUGCUCUGGGAGCUGCUGGGUCCCGGGGAGCCCGGUUCAGAAGGAGCUGGCACUUUCUACAUUGCCCGCUUCUUGGCUGCUAUGGCCCACAGUCCCCUGGCUGCACAGCUGAAGCCCACAACUCCUUUCAAGCGGACCCGGAUCACUGGAAACCCUGUAGUGACCAGCCGGAUAGAGGAAGGAGAGAGACCUGAUCGCGCUAGGGGCUACGACCUGGAGCUGAGUAUGGCACUGGGCACGUACUGCCCACCCCCUCGCCUCCGGCAGCUACUCCCCAUCCUUCUUCAGGGGACAAGUAUCUUCACUGCCCCAAAGGAGAUUGCUGAGAUCAAGGGCCAGCUGGAGACAGGCCUGCAGUGGAGGAACUACGAGGUGAAGCUCCGGCUCCUGCUGCACCUGGAGGAGCUGCAGAUGGAGCAUGACAUCCGGCACUAUGACCUGGAGUCGGUGCCCAUGACCUGGGACCCCGCAGACCAGAACCCCAGGCUGCUCACGCUGGAGGUUCCCGGGGUGACUGAGAGCCGCCCCUCAGUGCUACGGGGUGACCACCUGUUCGCACUUCUGUCCUCUGAGACACAUCAGGAGGACCCUGUCACCUACAAGGGCUUUGUACAUAAGGUGGAAUUGGACCGUGUCAAGCUGAGCUUUUCCACGAGCCUCCUGAGCCGCUUUGUGGAUGGGCUGACCUUCAAGGUGAACUUCACCUUCAACCGCCAGCCCCUGCGGGUGCAGCACCGCGCCCUGGAGCUCACGGGGCGCUGGCCACUGUGGCCCAUGCUCUUCCCUGUGGCUUCCCGUGGGGUCCCGCUGCUGCCCUCAGAUGUGAAGCUCAAGCUGUAUGACCGCAGUCUGGAGUCGAACCCUGAGCAGCUGCAGGCCAUGAAGUACAUUGUCACGGGCACCACCCGUCCGGCCCCUUACAUCAUCUUUGGGCCUCCGGGCACUGGCAAGACGGUCACCCUAGUGGAAGCCAUCAAGCAGGUAGUGAAACACUUGCCCAAAGCCCACAUCCUGGCCUGCGCUCCGUCCAACUCAGGGGCUGACCUCCUCUGUCAGCGGCUCCGGGUCCACCUGCCCAGCUCCAUCUACCGCCUCCUGGCCCCCAGCAGGGACAUUCGCAUGGUGCCAGAGGACAUCAAGCCCUGCUGUAACUGGGAUGCAAAGAAGGGGGAUUACGUGUUUCCUGCCAAGAAGAAGCUGCAAGAAUAUCGUGUCCUGAUUACUACCCUCAUCACGGCCAGCAGGUUGGUCUCAGCUCAGUUUCCCAUCGAUCACUUCACACACAUCUUCAUCGAUGAGGCUGGCCACUCCAUGGAGCCCGAGAGUCUUGUGGCCAUAGCAGGGUUGAUGGAAGUCAAGGAAACAGACAAUCCAGGAGGGCAGCUGGUGCUGGCAGGAGACCCUAGGCAGCUGGGGCCAGUGCUGCGCUCCCCGCUGACCCAGAAGCAUGGGCUGGGGUACUCACUGCUGGAGCGGCUGCUGACCUACAAUGCCCUGUACAAGAAGGGCUCCAAUGGCUAUAACCCCCAGUUCAUAACCAAGCUGCUACGCAACUACAGGUCCCACCCCACCAUCCUGGAUAUUCCUAACCGGCUCUAUUAUGAAGGGGAGCUGCAGGCCUGUGCUGACGUUGUGGACCGAGAGCGCUUCUGCCGCUGGGAGGGUCUGCCUCGACAGGGCUUUCCCAUCAUCUUUCACGGCGUAAUGGGCAAGGACGAGCGUGAGGGCAACAGCCCAUCAUUCUUCAACCCGGAAGAGGCUGCCACAGUGACCUCCUACCUGAAGCUGCUCCUGGCCCCCUCCUCCAAGAAGGGCAAAGCCCGCCUGAGCCCCCGAAGCGUGGGCGUCAUCUCUCCAUACCGGAAGCAGGUGGAAAAAAUCCGUCAUUGCAUCACCAAACUUGACAAGGAGCUUCGGGGACUGGAUGACAUCAAAGACUUGAAGGUGGGCUCCGUGGAGGAGUUCCAAGGUCAAGAACGCAGCGUCAUCCUCAUCUCUACCGUGCGGAGCAGCCAGAGCUUUGUGCAGCUGGACCUGGACUUUAACCUGGGUUUCCUUAAGAACCCUAAGAGGUUCAACGUGGCUGUGACCCGGGCCAAGGCGUUGCUCAUCGUGGUGGGCAACCCGCUCCUCCUGGGCCAUGACCCUGACUGGAAAGUAUUCCUGGAAUUCUGUAAAGAAAACGGGGGGUAUACCGGGUGCCCCUUCCCGGACAAACUGGACCUCCAGCAGGGACAGAACUUGCUCCACGGCCUGAGCAAGCUCAGGCCCUCUACCUCAGGGCCCCAAAGUCACGACUACCUCCCCCAGGAGCGGGAGGGAGAAGAUGGCCUGUCCCUGCAAGUAGAGCCAGAGUGGAGGAAUGAGCUCUGAAGACACAGCAGACCGCCUUCUCACACCAGCCAAGCCUUAACCGCCCACCCGACCCUGAACCAGAACCCAGCCUGAACCAGAGCCCAGCCCAGCUGACCCUCCACAGGACAGGAAGGCUGGGGGAGGGAGUUUACAACCCAAGCCAUUCCACCCCCUCCCCUGCUGGGGAGAAUGACACAUCAAGCUGCUAACAAUUGGGGGAAGGGGGAGGAAGAAAAAACUGAAAACAAAAUCUCGUUCUAUGCAAAA